AUGUUGGGGGCCGGCUCAGGAACAAAGUUUCCGGCAUCAAUGAAGAGCGUGGCCGCCACAGCGCUCUGGCGGAGUCUAGACUCCCCGUUGGGACUUGAUGCGUGGCGUAAAUGGCGGUCCCUCGGGGGCCACGAAGAGCGCUACCGCAUAUCUAGCGCCAGGAGCAUUAGCCCCGUAGCGUUGAUUCAACUACUCAGCUGCUCGACACACCAUCAAGUCACACUAAUGCAGUUGGAGACGAGGCUGACAGCUGAGUUCCGUCCAUGGUGUCAUUUCCCCUACGGACACCUGCUGUUGUUCACGAUUCUGAGUCCGUACGACGACGUUGACAUUACCAGGGACUUCGAUAAUCAAUUGGGGGCAUGUGGACCCCGGGAGAUCCGCCCCUUGAUUGCGCGGGAUCACGAUAGAUCACCGCCACGUGUCUCAGACUCCGGCCCUCUCCUCCUCAGCUUCUCCCAAGUUUCCUUCGACCUGUUCUGCUUCUUUCCACGCUCCUUCUUCACGGUGAGACACUUGGGAAGACAACUAGCAAGACAUGACAGGGGAGGGAAGGUUAGGGGGCGUCUUCUUCUCGAAGUCUCGCGGGAGUCCGCGACGGUUUUAGCGGCAACUUCGAUUGGAAUGUCAUUCCAGAUACGGGGGUAUGGUAUUGGUAGGGCAAAUUAG